AUGGGCAAGAAGCGCAAGAUCACGCACCAGAACCACUUCGUCGACACCGUCAAGAAGAAGGGCCCGGCAGGCCCUCCCUCGAAGAAGAAGCCCCAAAAGGGAGGCGCCCACAAUGCCAACGAAGCGGCGGCCGCGGCCAAGAAGAAGAAGGCGCACCAGCAAUACCACCAGAACCAGGACCCCGUCAUCCCCUUCUCCCCCGAAGACGCCAUCCUCCUCAUCGGCGAGGGCGACCUCAGCUUCGCCGCGAGCCUGGCCGCCCACCACGGCUGCCGCAACGUGACCGCCACCGUGCUCGAGAAGAACGAGAAGGAGCUGCUGGAGAAGUACCCCCACGCCGCGGAGAACAUCGCGACGAUCACCGGCGCGAAGACGAAGCCGUCCGCCAAGUCAAAAGACGAGGAGGAAGAUGACGAACAAGAAAACGACGACGACGAGGACGAAGCGAGCGCAGACGAAGACGACGAAGACGAAGACGAAGAAGCCACACCAAAAACCCCAAACAACAACAAAAUCCUCUACAACGUCGACGCCCGCACAAUGAAACCCUUCACGAAGCGCACCACAACCCAAUCCCACCACGGCACCUCCGUGACCACCAAAUCCGGCCUCUACAAGCGCAUCCUCUUCAACUUCCCCCACGUCGGCGGCAAGUCCACCGACCGCAACCGCCAGGUCCGCUACAACCAGGAGCUCCUCGUCUCCUUCUUCACCACCGCCCUGCCCUCCCUCGCCCCCGGCGGCACCCUCGUCGUCACCCUCUUCGAGGGCGACCCCUACACCCUGUGGAACGUCAAGGACCUCGGCCGCCACGCGGGGCUCCAGGCCCUCCAGAGCUUCCGCUUCCACUCCUCCGCCUACCCGGGCUACCGCCACGCCCGCACCCUCGGCGUCGUGCGCGAGAAGAGGUCCGGCGAGGCCAGCGGCGCCGCGUGGAAGGGCGAGGAGAGGCCCGCGAGGAGCUACGUCUUCAUGCGCAAGGGGGAGGCGCCCGAGGCGCUGCCCGCGCAGAAGAAGAGGAAGAAGGGAGGGGACGAGAGUAGUAGCGAAGAGUCCGACUUUGAGAAUGACGAUGACUGA